AGGCGUCGUAGAAACCCAGUGUCUCUGGCCCGAAUUGGACUCUGCCAAAUUGUUGAAAAUCUCUCGGGCCGACGGCCUUCCGACGGCGCCAGACGCCUCCAUUUACGAAGAGAAGAGAGAACAUGGGAUUUCAGUUGCCGCCCCUCUUGCCCCCGCUUGGACGGCACUCCGGCUGGCAACAGUCUGAGCCGUGACGACGUGGCAGACUGUGCGAAAAGGGGAAUAAAGUCUACAGAUGGCUGUGAAGCUGGGUACUGGCCAAUCCUGCGUCGUCUGUCAGUGUCUUUGUGUCGGCUCUUUCGCCUCAAUCCCGCUCUGGGCCGACUCGGGUGCCAGCCGAGCGUCUUGCAGACCCCGACGAUAAAGGCUGUGGUAGCAGACAAGCAUACAAUUGACAGUCGCCCAGUGGACACGACCCAUUUCAACAAACGAUUCAGUCACAAGAUGACAUUCAAUCUGCUCUAUCCGCAUUUUGAUUAUUGCCUAUUUUAA